UCUAUAUUCGUUCCACAAACUUCCAAUUAUGGUUGGUUAUCAAAAACGGGGAAGAGGUGCCGAUGAAGAAAGUUGGCGACAAGUUGAUCCCCAAGACCGAAGACGAGUUUGAUGCCAAGGACAUCAAAAAGGUCGAGAAUUAUGCAAAGGCAAUAAACAUGCUCUAUUGUGCCGUAAAUCCUGAUGACUACCGCAAGAUCUCCUGCUGCUCAACCGCCAAGGAGAUGUGGGAUAAGUUCGAGCACGAGAAGAUUGACGACAUGUUCGACCGUUUUUCCAAAAUAGUCAAUGAUCUUCAUGCAUUAAAGAAGACUUACACCGACAGGGAUCUUGUGCGAAAGAUCCUACGGAGCUUGACAUCCGGAUGGCGAUCCAAGGCCGAUGCCAUCUAUGAAUCAAUCGGCACAUCAAAUGUCACCAUUGACGGUCUAAGAGGUAAUCUAAAAACUUAUGAAUCUACUAUUCUUAACCCGUCUUUGAAUGACCAAAGGAAAGGGAUAACAUUAAAAGCCAUCAAAGAAUCAACAAUGAAUGAUUCAAGCGACGAUGAUGAAAUCAAGCUUGUCAUGAAGAAGUUUUGCAAACUUCUAAAGAAGAAAGAAAAGGUUGAGGAUGGCCAUGUGUGCUAUGGAUGUGGUGAAGCCGGGCACACCAAGAACAAAUGCCCGAAAAGCGGAAGGAAUGCUCGGCACUUCAAAAGGCAAAGGGCAUAUAUCUCUUGGGGUGGAGACUCCGCCGAUGAAUCAAGCGAACAAGAGGAAGAAGAGGAAGCAAAUCUUUGUCUCAUAGCUCAAGAAGAAGAGGAGUCCGCCAACAACAAAAACCAAGAGGUACGUAUUACUUCUACGAGUUUGCUAGCGCUUCUAAAACCAACAAAGCUUUAAAGAAACGUUUUUCUAAUCUUGAAACUGAGUUUGAAAAACUUCAAAAGAAAAACGAAAAACUAAAAGAGGAAAAUAAAUUUUAUGGUAAAAG